CAACGAACUGCAUGCAACAGGGUCCCUCUCUGCUACCAUUCUCACUGGGCAGGGACGAUUGGCCAUCAUAGGGCAGGUAGACAUUUGGUCGCCUUACCCUUUUCGCUCGAUUUUUGGCAGCUGCGAAAACUGCGAUUUGCCUUGAAUCUCGCCUGUCAUGUGCUUCUCGAUAGAAGCCAGACCCACCUAUCAUUGCAGCGAAUUAUGCCAGAGGCAUACGCUGUGCAAAGCAGGACUGGCCAUGCUUCAAUGCUGGCCUCCGGCCGUCCACUGCGCCCCUCCAUCGGCGAUGCAGCAGCAUAUGUCCCCAGACACUCCCCAUCCGGAUGGAAGCGCCGUGCCAGAAUGCCGACUAUCAUGAGACCAUCUGUAAAGGCGCAACGAUUGCCCAUCAGAUGCUCCUCUCUUUAUGGUGGCCAUUAUUACGCGACAAGUGCAGCAAGCGUGGGGACAGGAGCGCUGCAGUCGUACAGACGAUUCUAUGGCUAUGCAGCAUGCUUCUCUGGCGGUUUCUCCCUUCCCAAGUACAUGUACGCCCCCCACACCACCAUCACUGCCAUCACUGCCAUCGCUGAUUUGCACACCCAGGUUGGAUUUUCAUUACACAGACUAGUCUGCCAAGUCGGAACUCGCAUCAAGUCCGCAAUCUGGCAUACGGCCACUACAAACGCCAUCGCUAGGGGCCAGCACGCCCAUGUGAUGGAUGUCCGAGCAACUGUCAGCUAUAAGAGACGAGAAUUUCGCGCGCUUGUCCCCUUUUUGACCAGAAAACAAAAUCAUGGAUUGCCAUGUUGAUCUGCCUACCGCAUUGCCAGAUAGAACGCCUAUAUGCAAAAUCUAUUGCAAUUAUCGCACGCAUGUCUAGGGGCUGGGCGUUCUAUGUUUCCUUUGUUCUGAGUAUGUCUGCUACAGGAGCAGUGUGCAAAAGAGGGACUACACUGCCUCCCCCAAGUUUACUAUUUGUUGUGGUUAGCACGGUGCGUAUA